CCAAAGCCAUUUCCGGCGGGGCGAAACUAGGAAGAAACUUGAAGCUGUUGUGGCUUCCCUGCAGCCCGUGUUCGCUGCUCCUGUGCCCCGUGGCCCGGGACGCGCCGAGCCGUCGGGAGCCCCGGCCAUGGGGCUGUCCGGCCCGUCGGCAGCGUGAGGCGCGGGGCCUCCCGUGGGCUCCCCUGACAGGCGGAGGGCGGGCAGGCGGGAGGCGUCUUUCCAGCCGCGGUCGUGGGCGCCGCUGCUGGCCCGGGCUGCGGGCAUCAUGAACAUAGACGUGGAGUUCCACAUCCGGCACAACUACCCCUGGAGCAAGUUGCCGGCCAACGUGAAGCAGAGUCUUGGAAAUGCGCAGAGAGAAUACGAAAAGCAGGUUGUCCUGUACAGUAUCCGCAAUCAGCUGCGGUACAGAAAUAACCUGGUUAAACACGUCAAGAGAGAUGAGCGCAAAUACUACGAGGAGCUACUAAAGUAUAGUCGAGACCAUCUCAUGCUGUACCCUUACCAUUUAUCGGAUAUUAUGGUCAAGGGCCUGAGGAUAACACCGUUUUCCUAUUACACUGGGAUUAUGGAGGACAUUAUGAACAGUGAGAAAAGUUAUGAUUCACUGCCCAAUUUUACUGCUGCUGACUGUCUAAGGCUUCUCGGCAUAGGAAGGAACCAGUACAUUGACCUAAUGAAUCAGUGCAGGUCGUCGAAAAAAUUUUUCAGAAGGAAAACAGCCCGUGAUCUUCUCCCAGUGAAGCCGGUGGACAUUGCCAUAGAGGCGUGGUGGGUGGUGCAGGCUGGAUAUAUCAUGGAAGAUGACAUAAAGAUAUGCACUUUGUCUGAGAAAUUCGCUAUUGAUAAGAUCAUCGAUGCAGGUCCUCAGCUCGCUGGAUCACUAGAUUACAAUGUAGUACAUAGUUUAUAUAACAAAGGAUUUAUUUAUCUGGAUGUACCAAUAUCUGAUGACAGUUGUAUAGCAGUUCCUCCUCUUGAAGGUUUUGUAAUGAAUCGAGUGCAGGGUGAUUAUUUUGAAACUCUACUCUAUAAGAUAUUUGUGUCAAUAGAUGAGCACACUAAUGUUGCAGAGCUUGCAAACGUGCUUGAGAUAGACCUAUCCCUUGUUAAGAAUGCUGUGUCGAUGUACUGCCGAUUGGGCUUUGCCCAUAAGAAGGGACAAGUGAUAAACUUGGAUCAACUUCAUUCAUCAUGGAAAAAUGUUCCAUCCAUAAACAGAUUAAAGAGCACUUUAGAUCCACAGAAGAUGCUGCUGUCGUGGGACGGCGGGGAGAGCAGGAGUCCUGUGCAGGAAGCCUCGUCCGCCACUGACACCGACACCAACAGUCAAGAAGACGCAGCUGACACGGCCAGUGUAAGCAGUUUGAGUUUGUCUGCAGGACAUACAAAGCGUAUAGCGUUUCUCUUUGAUUCCACUCUCACUGCCUUUUUAAUGAUGGGGAAUCUUUCACCAAACCUGAAGAGCCACGCAGUCACAAUGUUCGAAGUUGGCAAACUCUCAGAUGAGUCUCUGGACAGCUUCCUUGUAGAACUAGAAAAGGUUCAGAGCACUGGCGAAGGAGAAGCACAGAGAUACUUUGACCACGCGCUCACUCUGAGAAACACGAUACUUUUUCUUCGUCAUAAUAAAGAUUUAGUUGCACAGACUGCACAGCCAGACCAGCCCAAUUAUGGUUUUCCUCUGGAUCUCUUACGCUGUGAAAGCCUCCUUGGCUUGGACCCCGCGACUUGCAGCCGAGUUCUCAACAAGAACUACACGCUGCUCGUGUCCAUGGCCCCCCUCACCAAUGAGAUCCGGCCCGUCAGCAGCUGCACCCCUCAGCAUAUUGGACCAGCUAUCCCAGAGGUCAGCUCUGUCUGGUUUAAACUGUACAUUUACCACAUCACCGGGCAGGGACCACCAUCCCUUUUGCUGUCCAAAGGUACCAGGCUCCGAAAACUGCCAGAUAUAUUCCAGGGUUAUGAUCGAUUACUAAUAACGUCUUGGGGCCACGAUCCUGGGGUGGUUCCUACAUCCAACGUGCUCACGAUGUUGAAUGAUGCUUUAACGCAUUCGGCGGUUUUGAUUCAGGGACAUGGCUUGCACGGGACAGGAGAGACUGUCCACAUCCCGUUUCCGUUUGAUGACACGGAACUCCAAGGAGAGUUCAGCCGUGCCAACAUGGGGGUGCACAGCGCGCUGCAGGUGCUGAGGGGCAGAGUGGACGUGCGGCACUUCUGCGGGUACAUCACCAUGCUGAAUGCUUCGAGCCGCCUCGCAAGCAGGAAACUCAGCGAUGCCUCUGACGAGAGAGGUGAACCUGACCUGGCUUCCGGCUCGGAUGUGAAUGGAAGUACGGAGUCGUUUGAGAUGGUCAUCGAGGAAGCAGCUUUAGACUUGGCAGCUAAGCAGAACUCCGUUGCCACAGCAGAAGCAGACUGGGUUCCUCUCGAGCUGUGCUUUGGAAUUCCGCUGUUCAGUUCUGAACUAAACCGGAAAGUGUGUAGCAAAAUUGCUACCCAUGGCCUCUGCAGGAAGGAGAGCCUCCAGAACCUCUUACAUUCCAGUAGAAAGCUCGCUCUGCAUGUCCUUAACUUUGUUCACUCAUUCCAGGAGGGUGCUUCGACGCCGGACGUUCACGCAGAGGCCAGCUUCCCGAGUUUGCUCUCCCAGCCCUCCUGCGCCGACCUGGGAGUUCCACUUCCCGCCAAGAACUUGAUAUUCAAGGACGGCACCUUGUCCGAGUGGCGUGGACGCUCACCUUCCACACUUCGCGCUGCUGAUCUCCACGUGCAGUGAUUUGGUCCCACUGUUCAUUGCCGCUCACACUUCCUGCCUUUUUUCUUUCUCAACGUUAGCUCCAUAGUGCCAGCCACUGAAAAGUGUCUCGCUGCCGCAGUGCAGUCCAUGCUCACGUGGUGUCCAGGUUCCGGAACAUGUCCGUGUUUCCUGAAGGUUUCCUCGUCAUCGCACCUCCUCAUGCGACGAAAAGCUUUUUAGCAGCCUGCACUGUAUUUUUUACCUUGAGACAAUCGACAUUUCUUUUAUAAAACUGAAGAUAUACUUUAUAGGCUUUAUGAUGACUGUUAUGUUUAUAAGCAGUCACUAUGAAUAUUGCAACGGUAAUUUUGUAUGUUAGUUUAUCGAACAUAAUCUUGUUUAAUUUUAUAUUUUGUUACCUACUCUUUAGGGGAUUAUGGGGAGAUGAACUUAAGUUCAUCCUUGGCACUUAAAGUAGCAAAACUAUAAAGCGGUGAACAGCCAACAUCGAGAGAGGACGUGAUGGGGCAUUAUGGAUCCCGUGGCUGCCUGGAAACGGUGUGUGCGGCGGACUUGGGCCAAGGUGUGCGCGUCUUCAGUCGUGCACAGCUUCACCUGGACCUAUACGGGCUUAGCCCCGCCUCUGCGUUGGCAUCUCAUGAGAAGCUUCGGAAGACAUUCUAUUUUUAAACAAUGUUUCUAUGUGAACUUCUGUCAUCACUCACUUCGGGCUUUAUAUUUUGAUAGAGUCUCUCUGGAUAAAUAGAAUUUAUUUUCCAUUCUCGUAGCUGUGGCUGCUGCAUAUUUUCACUGUGAUUUAUUUUUUGUUUCGUUAAUUUUACCAAUGAAUUGGUAUGAAAUUGAAUUUGAUAGUCUCUAACCAAGGUUUGCGAUUUUAGAUUAGAAUUAUAUAAUAGAAUCAUUAAGGCUAUGUCUUCUGAUCACAAUACUUUAGUGAAAAGCCUACUUUGAAGACAUAUUCUUAGGCAAUUUGGAUCUUAAAUUUAUGUGAAUAGUUUGGGAGGAAAUGAUAAAAAUGAGUAAUUUCAAAAUGUUUCUGGAGUUACUGAUUUUUUAGUGUCUCAAAUGUCAAUUAGAAUAACUGGAAUCACUUUUUAGAUUUUUCAAGCUACCUUGGGAAGUGUGUGCAGUGUUACAGAUUAGUUUAGCUGUUCUCAUAGGGGAAUACUGGUUUGCUAGCUUAAAGCUGUAACCAAACUAACUGGUCAAAGAACUUACUUCUAAAACACUUAAAGCAUUAGAAAAUUUGGGAAUGUUAAACCUAAACAUUUUUUUGCUGAUAGUUUUUGUUAUUUAUAGAGCUGAUAUUUGUGGAUUUUAACAUACUUCUAGAAAUAUAUGCCUUUUAGAAACUGUUCACAUAGCUGUGUGCUCAGUAGCGUGGCCCGCCUGUGGAGCUGGGUGGUCUGGCGCAGGCUGACCAGGGCGUGGGCCGUGCUGUGUUCAAGGGAAACGCAGUCAGCGUUUCAUUUUCUACUUUCUCUUCUAUGUGGUAGAGACCAGUGUAUGUUAUAAACGUUUGUCUAUAAGAGGAAAUAUACAUACUGAUAUUAAAAUAAUUUCUAUGACUGUGAAUCACUCAUUUAUUUUUCCAAUAAUUGACAUUGUACAUUCCUAGUGCUAUUAGGUAUGUAUGUGACUUUUAUAGAUUUUCAGUUGAAAGCUGUAUUUCAUUUGAUCAGGGCUCUUUAAUCUCAUUUUCAUUUGCUUUGUUUGAAUUAACUGGUCAUUUUAUUUAUUCCUGUAUUACCGAUCUCAGCUUCCUGUAGUGACAUAUACACUAAUGAUGAGUCAGACAUUUGUGGUCGUUGGCAGUGAACCCAGUUGCUGGUGAAUUUAAAACUUAAAUGUGGAUGUGAUUUGCUGCUGCAUUGUCCUUGAGAGAUGAUGGGGGAAGAAGGAGAACCUAGUAAUGAUCAUGGAUUUCAGGGAAAGUACUGACAAAGCAUGCGGCCGGCUCUGGUUUCUCCUGUGGGUGAGGAAGGCAUCUGAGUCCUGGCCAAGGACCCCCAUUAAGGGGGUCGUCUGCAUUUGGAGGGCUCUCAGCAAGAUCUGAAGUCCGCUUCAUGCUUUGUCUGUGAAUUUGGCUUUGUUUCUUUCACAUGUCAGCUCAUGUAAGGAUGCAUCUCUUAAAUCUUACGUAGGUGUUGAUCUGUUUCAACAAAAAGUAAGUUUAAAACAUAGCCUUUAUUAUUUGCCAAAGAUGAUUCGUGAAAUAAUUUUCAUCUAAUUUUUCUGCAGAUGCUAAAUUUCAUUAGCUUUGGCUACCUCCCAUUUCUUCCCCCCCUUCAUGUAGCUUAAACCGUAGCAGACAUUCCUUAGAAACCAAGAGGAAAAAGAUACCAAAAAGGACGUAGAUUAGAAUUUAGUGGGGUACACUUCCACUCUCACGCGGGCCUGCAGGACUGCAACUCUGUGUCAUUAAAGACAAUUAUCAUCUGAUUCCCUUGAUUUCUUUCUCUUCAAAUAUGUAAUCAGAUGAUUUUGUAUUUUCUUAAGUAUUCGUUUCUUUUAUUGGAUGUUUCAGUUUUCUCUGCCAGUCAUCUUUCCCAUUCAUGUUCAGUGUUUCAAAUACAUUUGUAUUUAAAGACUUUAAAGUACCAAAACUGUAACUAAGUACAGUGGACUGUUUUCUGGUAUGAUGUUAAUAUUAUACAAUGAAAUGUAUAAAGUGUUGUCAAUUUGAUUAUUGACUCAUAAUAUGUUUACAAAUAAACUGUGGUGUUGAUCAAGUU